CUCACUAACUUAGGGAUGGUAUUUUCUUUCACUGUUUUGCAGAAAAAUGAAUGGCUGUGUUUGAACUGCCAAACUCAGAGGCUGCUAGAAGGAAGCCUAGAUGAUGCUGCUUCAAUGCCACUACCUACUCCAAAGCAGCAGCCAACAGGAUCCCCCCGACACCAACCAGGGGGAGCCGGUCAGCAUAGAGGAGGCCCUCCGCCUGUAACAGCUCAAAAGUCAGAAACGUCCACUCCCCAGGACAGGCACUUCGUCCAAGGAAAGAAUCUCAGGACUUCAGAGCAGAGCAAGCUGCAGGCCAUGUUGCAAGAGAGCAAGCCCCCUGCCCCCUCAGAAGAAAAGCCACAGACAAAACUUCCUGCCGAGGCUCCAAAAGUUCCUGAAAGUGCAUUGCCAAAGGGGAAAAGCAUGGCUGUGAAGGCAGAAGCAGAGAGCAAAGCAAGCAAGGCAGUCACUGAGGCUCAGCAAGUGAAAGAGCAGGAGGAGACAAGCAAGUCUUAUCCCCAUGACCUGUCCCGCAGCCCCCAAAGCCUGAGUGACACUGGCUACUCAUCAGAUGGUAUCUCCAGCUCCCAGAGUGAGAUCACUGGCUUGGUGCAGCAGGAAGAAGAGCAGCUGAAUGGCACUGGCCUGGAAGACCAAAGCCCUGCCAGUCCUUCUGAACUUACCAAACUGGAGAGCAGUGUGCGCCCCUUGCUGGAGUCAAAGGGCAUUUCCCAAGAGCAGAGCAACAGAGGGAAAAUGUAUCAUGAGUUACGGGAAGAACAGCGACAGAGGCAGAGGCCUCGGUCCCUUUCUAUCACCCCCGAAGCCUUUGAUUCUGAUGAGGAGCUGGAAGACAUCAUGGAAGAAGAUGAAGACUCUCUGGAAUGGGAGAACCAGAGGGAUCAAAGAGAGAGUGUGGAGUCGUCUGACGACUUUGGCAGCAAGCUGCGCCAUGACUAUGUGGAGGACAGCAGCGAAGGGGGGGUCUCCCCACUGCCCGGCAGGCCGAAAGGCAGGGAGACAGAGAUGACUGAUGAGGAGUUCAUGAGGAGGCAGAUCCUGGAGAUGAGUGCCGAAGAGGACAAUCUGGAGGAGGAGGAAGAAGAGUACAGUCACGUGAAAUACAGUGUAACAAAAAGCGGGCACAAGCCUGAUCUGGAGAAAAGUAAACAGCCAACCUCAUCCAAGAGGCGCCUGCCUCACGUCUCCACUGGUAUGUAUGAGGAGGAGAGGAAAGAGCUGGAAGCUAUCGAGGGGGAGGAUGUGACCACAUCCCAGGGGGGACUGCGGCGCUUCAAAACCAUUGAGUUAAAUAGCACGAGCAACUACAGCAGGGACAUGGAGCUUAGCCAGGAUGCAGACAUUAGCCUGGACAGAGAGCCAGAGCUGGAGAUGGAAAGUCUGACGGGCUCCCCAGAGGAACGGUCAAGGGGGGAAUAUUCCUCCACCUUGCCAGCAACUACACCCAGCUACACAUCGGGCACCUCCCCUACAUCCCUCUCGUCUCUGGAGGAGGACAGCGACAGCAGUCCUAGCCGGCGGCAGCGACUGGAAGAGGUGAAGCAGCAGCGCAAAGCUCGGCAUCGCUCCCAUGGUCCUUUGCUGCCAACCAUAGAGGAUUCGUCAGAAGAGGACGAACUGCGUGAGGAAGAGGAGCUCUUGCGGGAGCAGGAGAAGAUGCGAGAGGUGGAGCAGCAGCGCAUCCGAAGCACUGCACGCAAGACUAAACGGGACAAAGAAGAGUUGAGGGCGCAGAGGAGGAGAGAGAGAUCCAAAACCCCACCCAGUAACCUGUCUCCCAUUGAAGAUGCUUCGCCCACUGAGGAGUUGCGCCAGGCAGCAGAGAUGGAAGAGCUGCACAGGUCCUCCUGCUCAGAGUACUCGCCCUCCAUCGAUUCAGAGGCAGAGGGCUUUGAUGUCAUAGCCUCCAAGCUCUACAAGUCUGGCAGUGAGUACAACCUGCCAACAUUCAUGUCCCUCUACUCCCCAACAGAAAAAACAAACAGCAGCUCCCAUUACCCCUCCAGUAAGCCCCUGAAAAGUGCAGAAGAAGCCUAUGAAGAGAUGAUGAGGAAGGCUGAACUGUUCCAAAAGCAACAAGUCCAACAGUCCCAGCAAAGUGCCUACAGCAAUGCCUACCAACAGGUAGGGUACCACAGUGCAGAAGGCCAGAGCAGUUUUGAAUACCAGUACAUAGAUGAGUACAGCUACGAUAACGGGCAUCUGGACUCCUGUCCAUCUGACUUCCAGCAUGAACUUUCAGAGCCAGGAGCAGUGUAUGAGGAAAUCUUGCAGACGUCACAGAGCAUUUCCAGGAUGCACCAGUCCUCCUCGUUUGAUCUGUCCCUAGAAGAGGAGAAAAAGAAGAAAGGGAGAGAAGAAACAUAUCAGGAAAAGCAGUUUCUGAAUGCUGAGAGCGCUUAUGCUGAUAUGAUGAAGCAAAACAGCGGUCCACUCACACCAGGAACAAGCCCCACCCAGUUAUCGGCUCCUGUCUCGUUUUCUUCCUCCGAAGGCAGCACAGGCAGGGUAAUUCCUGAUGUUCGAGUCACUCAGCAUUUUGCAAAAGAGGGGCAUGAUCACCCAAAGCUUCACAGCUCACCGACAGCACCCAGCUCAGCUCCCAAGGUUAUGACAGCUCCCUAUACUUACAGCAGAGGUUCCAGCACAGUCACAACUGUUGUUUCCAGCCCAGCAAGUACUCCACAAAUCUACAGUUCUCCAUCUCUGAGUGGCUCAGAUGUAACACCUGUAUCGGCCCCUAGCAGAAGCUACAGUCAGAUGAAGGGCACCACGAAUUAUAGCUCUCAGACAGAGGACGGCUCCAGGAGCCAGAGUGCUGCUGAGCUCAGUGGAGCAUCAUCAAGAGAGAAGCUCCAAAGUAAGAAUGAGAUCAAGACCAAUGUCCCUGUGUCAUCUAAAAUGUAUUCCUACUUCCAAAGCUCUAGCCCCCCGCUUUCCCCAAUGUCUCUUCAAAGUUCCACUCAUUCUGCUCCAAAAGCAGGGCAGCCAUCCAGUAAGGCAACUGCAGAGUUUUCCACUCAAACGCAAAGCACAGUUUUCUCCUAUGAUAUCCCCACUACCACUAGUGCAUCAACGUCCUCUCCAAUGGUUGCUCAAGAGACCCAGACACCCCAUCAUGCGAGCUCUCCUCGCCUUGCUAGGCAGCAGUCAUCACAAGAAGCUCCAUUUAUGGUCAUCACAUUAGCAUCAGAUGCAUCUAGCCAAACCAAGCUAACAAGUGUGUGCUCCUCCACCUCCCCAGCCUCCUCUCCCACCCGGCUGAGCCGCCAGCAGACAAUGCAUAGCUACAGUCAGACAGCAGUCAGCACAGCACAGCUUCAGCAGGAGCAGCUGCAGUCCACUUAUGCUAAGACACAGUCAAUGAUAGAAAGAGCCUCUGCUGCCAGUGCCAUGCUUCAGAAAGGGCAUGCCACUUCUGCUGCUGACAGCAUUGCUGGUGUGUACAGCUGGGGGCCCCUGCCUGCAGAAAACAUCUCCUUGUGUAGAAUAUCAUCAAUCCCUGGCACAUCCAGGGUAGAACCUGGACCCAAGCCACCAACCACUAAUGCUGUGGACUUACGGACUGCUAUAAAGUCAGCCCCAAUCAUCAUAACAGACCAAGGCAUGGAUCUCACUUCCCUAGCUACGGAGAGCAGAAAAUAUUGCCUCACUCUGGAACAGACCCCAAGUAGGCAAUCCACAACCGUCCAACCCUUAAUCAUUAACCUCAAUGCUCAAGAACAACCCCAUGCUAUUAUAGGCACAACCACUACAGUCAGCAUAACUGUUGCCUCUUCCAUGCUCGUGUCACAACCCAAGCAGCCUGUGGUCUAUGGAGAUCCUUUCCAGAACAGGAUGGACUUUGGGCAAGGGGCAGGAAGUCCAAUCUGUCUGACUCAUGUUAAGCAGGUAGAGCAAGCAGUUCAGACUGGCACCUUCCGAGGGACCAUGAACAGCAUUGACAUUUCUACACCAAUCGCAAAGCCAGAAGUGGCUAGUCCUCAGCAAACCAAAUUUGCAAGAUAUAAUUUGCCUAACCAGAUGAUGUCCUUGGUGAAGAAAGAUGUGCUAAUCACUCAGACUAGCAGUGUCCAGAGCACUGUUAGUAUCAGCACCAGUCCAAGGCCAGUUCUUCAGGACCAAAGCACAGACCUCUAUAGAGGGGUGCCAGUGGGACUGAAAACCCAGAGUCCUUCAAUCAACCUGGGAGGCAAAAAGUCCCAAGCCAUGAUGGUGCAGAUGAAUGAGAUAGCAGCAGGCCCAGUAACAAAGCUGAUCAAAGAACCACCACCAGCCAGUGCAUUGGAUCUCACUGGAAUAAAGCCUGAAAGCCAGGUGGCAUGCUGUGAUGUAGUGUACAAAUUCCCCUUCAGCAGCAGCUGCACAGGUACCUUCAACCCCUCCCCCAAGAUCCCAGAGAAGAACGUUGGGGAUGCUGCUCAAACUGGCAAACCAAGCAUCCAGUACUAUGGAAACAGAGAGCCAGACCUGCCGGAAACAUAUCCCUACAGAGAGCAAACAGGCCCAGCUCCCAGCCUGUACGAGGAGCACCGGUUCUACCCACAAGGCCUGUUUGGGAGACUGUAUUCAUCCAUGUCAGAUACAAAUCUGUCGGAAAUUGGUCUGAACUAUUACCCCCCAAAGGGGGAGCAGCCUUUCCACUCCCCUGCAGGAGACUCUGCUGUGGAUUUGACCACAAUGAAACAUUCCUACAGCAUCAACUUCACUGAGGGGGGCUACCUGGGUCAGGGAAUGCAGUACGGCUCGUUCUCUGACCUCGGGCAGCCCACAGACUUGUUAAGCCGCCCUCUCCCAAUGAGACGGUACAGCUCAGCCUCCAAUAUCUACUCCGAUUACAAGUACUCACCUAGAGGAGACCUGGCAAAUUUCCAGGAAUCCAGUCUGGCCCAGUACAGUGCCACCACAGCUCGGGAAAUCAGCCGCAUGUGCGCAGCACUCAAUUCCAUGGACCAGUAUGGGGCUAGGCACUCAAACAGCCCUGACCUCCUGCAGUAUGGGCCAGCAGGGGGCAGUGGUGUCUCAGCACCACAAGGCAUUUCUGCCAUCAAACCGAACAUGAUGUACAAUCUCAACUUCCCGGAGACACGCCAGGGCUUUGGGAACCUAGCACAGUACAGUCUCUCUGGUGCCCGGCUGGGAGCUGUCAGGCAGAUCUUCCCUUCCACAGCCACGGUGCGGGCUGCAGAUGGCAUGAUUUAUUCCACAAUAAAUACUCCCAUAGCAUCCACCCUUCCUAUCACCACCCAGCCAGCUUCUGUGCUGCGGCCAAUGCUCCGAGGUUUAUAUCGACCCUACGCCCCAGGCAAUAUCACAGCGGUCCCUCUGGCCAGCCUGACCAGAGUGCCUCUAGUUACCCCGAGGGUUCCCCUUGCUGCCCAAGGCCUGUAUCGUUAUUCAGCUCCUAGCAGGUUCCCGUCUGUUUCUACAACAUCAGUGAUGGAAAUGCCCAUGUACUUGGGGAAGCCUGUUAGCACCACUGCAGCCAGCACUGCUGCAAGCAAUGUUAGCCCAGUGUCUGCUGCCAAAGCACCAGCUCCUACUAUAGUGAACCUGCAAAGACCUGAGCAGACAGGAACUGGUGCUCGAGAGGAGGUGCCCGUGGCAGCUGCUGGCAUGCAGAGUGCCUCGAAAGAGACUAGUCAGCCUCAGCAGCAGCCACCACCCCCAGUCCAAACCCAGCAGGCCGAGGUAUCCCAGGCCAGCGUCCCCAGCAAAGGCAGCACAGAGCGAGAGGAGAAGGAGAAGGAAGAGGAGCGCCAGAGAAAGCAGCAGGAGCAGAUCCUCCAGAUUGAGAGGGAGAGAGUGGAGCUGGAGAAACUGAGGCAGCUGAGGCUGCACGAGGAGCUGGAGAGGGAGCGUGUGGAGCUUCAGCGGCACAGAGAGAAGGAGCAGAUGCUGGUGCACAGGGAAAUCCAGGAGCUGCAGUCCAUAAAGCACCAGGUCCUGCAGCAGCAGCAAGAAGAGCGCCAGGCCCAGUUUGCCCUGCAGAGAGAGCAGCUGGCACAGCAACGCCUGCAGCUGGAGCAGAUUCAGCAGCUGCAGCAACAGCUGCAACAGCAGCUAGAGGAGCAGAAGAGGCAGAAAAGCACCUUCCCCCCUGUGUGUGACCCCACAGGAAGGAUCCCUCCCCAGGCUGUGUCCGAGAUAGCCAUGGAAAUGCAAAGGACCCUGGCCCAAAAUGGACAGUACUGGCCCCCCCUGAACCAGCCCCUCAUGGCUCCUGCAGCCCCAGGGCAGGAAGGGCCAGCACCGUCCCGCUACCCCGGGCUCCAGCGCCCACUCACCAACUCUGCCUCUGAAAUGUCCCUGCAGCCCGAGGAGCAGUGGGAAGCUAGCCGGGGGAUAAAGAAGAGGAACUCCAUGCCGCGCCUGCGGGACGCCUAUGACAAAGAGACCCCCCACGAGCCCUACGUGGUGAAGAAGAUCACGGACAGCAGCGUGCAGACUGAUGAAGAGGACAGUGAGGAGCGCUACUUCCUGUCCCGGCGCCGCCGCUCCCGGCGCAGCACUGACUGCAGCGUGCAGACUGACGAGGAGGACAAUGCUGAGUGGGAGCAGCCGGUGCGUCGUCGGCGAUCCCGUUUCUCCCGGCACUCAGACUCCAGUGCUGAGAGCAAGCAAGACUCCUCCUCCAAAGGCAUGGCCAGCAUAGGCAUCCAGACCAGCAGUGACUGCUCUGUACAGACUGAGCCUGACCAGCUGCCCCGCGUGUCACCCUCCAUCCACAUUACCACCCCUGACCCCAAGGUGGAGAUCGUGAAGUAUAUCUCUGCGCCAGAGAAGACCCAGCGAGGGGAGAGCCUGGCCUGCCAGACUGAGCUGGAAGCACAGCUGCAGCCAGGUGUCGUGGUCCCCCAGCUCACUGUGCCUACAACCGUAAUGCCCUACUCCUCCAACCUCCAGCUGGUGAGCACAGGCCCCCUGGACCCACGUGCCAUCCGGCAGCAGACCCUUGGCAAGUUUGAGAAGAAGAAGCCCGAUCCUCUGGAAAUCGGGUACCAGUCACAUUUGCCCACAGAGUCCCUUUCUCAGCUAGUGACUUGCCAACCCCCCAAAUCUCCCCAGGUACUCUACUCCCCCGUCUCUCCUCUUUCACCCCAUCGGCUAUUGGAGUCCUCCUUCACUACCACUGAAAGACUUAACAAGGCCCACGUGACACCACAGAAGCACUUUACAGCUGAAUCUAUCCAGCGCCAGCAGACCCUGCCUCGCCCCAUCAAAACCAUGCAGAGAUCCUUCUCUGACCCCAAGCCCACCAGCCCAACCUCAGAGGAGUCUGGGAAGGACAGGUUCUCCAUAUACCAGCACCCUUUACUCCAAGGCAGCCAGAUCUCUGCUUUGCAGUCAAACACUCUGAUGCGGAAGGUGAAGCGGACACUGCCCAGCCCCCCUCCGGAGGAAGCUCACCUGCCCCUGGCCAGCCAAGCCCACUCCCAGCUGUACUUGCCCAGCUUCAUGCAGAAGGGGGUAGGAGAGCAGGCCACUCAGGUAACCAAAGCCAGCCUUCUCAGAGACAUCGACCGUGACCUGAAGCUGGUGGAGCAUGAGUCCACGAAGCUGCGGAAGAAGCAAGCAGAGCUGGAUGAGGAAGAGAAGGAGAUCGAUGCCAAGCUGAAGUACUUGGAGCUGGGCAUUACUCAGAGGAAGGAGUCUCUGCUGAAGGAGAGGGGAGGGCGGGAUUACCCUUACCUGAGAUGCCUAGGUGAGAACCGGGACUACAUGUCUGAUAGUGAGCUGAACAAUUUACGCCUCUCCAGCUAUGAGGGCAGCAGUCUGCUCAGCAGGCCCAGCACUGCCCCCACUAACCAUUAUGCUGACUUCUCCAGCACGCAGUACACAUCAGCCUCCUCCUACGCCCCCUACCCAUACCCAGCAGCCCCACCAGGCCCUGCCGCCUUCCAGCAAACACGGCUCCAGCCCCCCCAUUACCCUGUGGUCAGCAGUGGCACAUCUCAGAAUGGCUUCCAGGCUGGUCAGCUCCCCGCCUUCCCCUCCCAAGGUACAUAUCAGACACACAGCUUCCCUCCCAGCACUGGUUACCAGCCCCAGCUGGGCUUGCAGAGCCAUCAAGGCUUUCGGCCUCCUCAUCACUACCAAGCUCAGACCACAUAUCCCAACCAGCCGCCCUCACAGCCGGCACAGAGUGUCCUCUUCCAAACACAGGCAGAUGUGCACGCCAUGCAUCAGAAGCCACGGCAGACAUCACUAGCAGACUUGGAACAAAAGAUCCCCACCAAUUAUGAAGUGAUUGGAAAUCCCACCGUGGUGAUCUCCUCAGCAGCCCCAGACGUUACUUACAGCCCCACGACAGUGACCGGCAGCUAUUCCCAGCACAAGACCCCAGAGGCCAGUCCAGCUGACCAGAGCAAUGCCGUGCAAAGCCCCUCAGCCAGUUACUCUUCAGAUUCUCUGUACGCAAACCUGGAGCAGAACAUUCCCCGCAACUAUGUGAUGAUCGAGGACAUCAGUGAGCUGACCAAAGAGAGCACUGCGGCAGACAACCACAAGGGGGAGAUGCAGGUGCAGAGCAGCACUAGCCGCCAGAUCAAAGAGAAGAGUGAGCUGGUGGAGACGGAAGGCUCCAGCAGAACUUGCUGCUACUCCAAAGCAGAGGAGGAGUCAGAGGAGGAUAUGUAUGAUCAGCAUGGUGCUGACCAUCGGGGGAAGAACAGCUACCACAGAGGCAUGGAGAGCAAUGGCAGGAUGUCAGGCAGCUCCAGCGGCCCCUGCUCCUAUUACGGGGACGAUUAUCGGCACUCCACACGCUCAGACAAGCAUGGUUCUGGACUGGGGAUGCAGAAGCAUUCCUCCAAAAACCUGGCUCCUGCUGUCAUCUCGUCCAAGCGCAGUAAACACAGGAAACAAGGCAUGGAGCAAAAGAUCUCCAAAUUCUCCCCCAUAGAAGAAGCCAAAGAUGUGGAGUCGGACCUGGCCUCCUACACAGUGACUACGUCUAUCAGCAGCAGCAAUGUGGCAUCCAGGGCAAAGAAGCUUCAGGACGAGAUCACCUACGGCCUCAAGAAGAAUGUGUAUGAGCAGCAGAAAUACUAUGGCAUGUCCAGCAGGGAUAUGACGGAAGAGGACGAUCGAGCAUACAGCACUGGAAGCAGAUCUAGAUCGUCUGGUUAUGGGACAGAAAAAACAUCAAGCCGCGAUGCCAGCAGCAGAAGCAAGUCCUAUGAGAGAGAGUGCAUGGAGAAGCCUCAGAAAGGAAGCUCCAAACCAUCUUCCCUUAGUAUGAGUCAGAGUCGUGGGCGGCCUUCGAUUCGUACACAGACAUCGGAAGAGGAAAGUCCCAUCAGCCCUUUAGGAAAGUCUGUGGGUGUGUCCCGCUCCUCAGGUGGACCUCUCCCUCAGUCCUCUGGGGACAGCUGUUCCCAGUUCUGCUCCAGCCACUCGUUGCCUGAUGUGCAAGAACAUAUCAAAGAUGUGCCAAGGAACCACUCUUACAAGCAUGAAGAAGGUUACAUCAUGGAUGAUUCACAUUGUGUUGUUUCAGACAGUGAAGCCUAUCAUUUGGGUCAGGAGGAGACAGACUGGUUUGAUAAGCCCAGGGAAGCUCGCUCAGAGCGGGUAAGGCACUACACUGGCCACUUCUCCUCCCAGAAGAGACCUCCCAUCAAACACUCCUUUCAUGAUUACGAUGAGCCUCCAAAUGAAGACCUGUGGCAGCACGAUGACUAUUCUCAGGCACGUCACUCUUCUUCCAAAGACCACCGGCACCAUGGAGAGCAUGGAAGGCACUCAGCCUCUUCCCGCCACCCGAGUGAUGAACAGGCCAGGAGGACAUCCAAGCAGCAUGCCCGAGACCAGGGCCGUCAUGAAGCCCGCACACACAUGCAGCCAUCUGCCCAGAAGAAGGCUCAGCAGUCAGACAUGAGAGCCCAGACAGCUUUCCCCUCCAGCUCAGCAGAGUACUCGCAGCAGUCCCAGCAGCCGUCCAGCUACCACCAUACCUCAGAGUCCCAGAAAUCCCAACGGCAAGCGGAGCAAGGGCCACUGCCCCAACAGCCGAAAGGAGAGCCCUUGCUGCACCAUUCUCAGCAGCAGCCGCAAACAAGACAGCAGCAAUCCGGGCAACAGCAGCCGCCAUCCAGGCAGCAGCAGCCAUCAGCCAGGCAGUCUCCACAGCAACAAGCAGGCCCUUUGCAGCAACCUCCUCAGCCACAGAAGGAGCAGCAGCAGCAGCAAGCUAGGCUGCAGCAGCAGCCAGGGGCUCAAGGACUACCCUCUUCUCGGCCACCGCAACAACAACCCAUCCAAUCCCAGCAUGUCGGGAAGCCCCAGUCAACCCUCCCUGCACAGCCAGGCAGUCACCAAGUAGGGCUACCAAAAGCGGAUCAGGUGGAUAUGCCCAAACCCACCACAAAAGUGCCACCACCGCACAGGAGAGCGCCCCAAGCACAGCCACUGGGAACGACUGCAGCAGGUAUUAAAGUGGGUCAGAAGCCAGCAGGGGCUCCCCCACCCACUGGGGCAGCAGCUGGACAGCCCGGGGUGGAUGGAGAGAGUGUGUUCUCCAAAAUCCUGCCAGGAGGAGCUGCAGAACAAGCAGGCAAACUGACAGAAGCUGUGUCGGCGUUCGGAAAGAAAUUCACAUCGUUCUGGUGAGCGAAUGCCGGAAGGAGGCUGGGAAAGCAGGUGGCGAUCUAGUCUUUGCAGUGGAAAAACCUAUGAAGAAACCAGUGAAUUCAGCAGGCAACGUUGGACUCUGGGUAUAACACUCCGGCCGGCCGGGAAGUGAUGUCAUUCCUCCUCCAGCCGCUGGGGGCGCUGCGCUGCUCCCUGCUGCUCUGGCUCUUCCCCAGGGCCCAGCCCCUGCUCAGCCCCGCCCUGCCCCCACUCCCCUGAGCUCUGCAGCAGGGCCAGGGCUGCAGGAAGUAGAGACAUGGCCCCAGCCACGCCGCCGCUUUUGAAACCAUGGAAACCACUAGGCUGCUUCACAGAUUGCAAGGCCAGAAGGGCCCAGCGUGACCUGGAAGGCCGAAGACAGGAUGUUGGGUCUCACUGAGCAAACCAGGCCUUUACCCGUAGCAAGCUUCUUCAGAGCCUGAGGCAACGCUGCAGGAGGGCGUGGGGAGCGACCUCUUCUCAGCUCUGUGCACUGUCUGGAGCAAGCCAUGGGAACACAUGCCCAGCGCGCAGGCUUGGUGUCCAUCAGGAACAUUGACAAAGUAUGGGCCUGUGCCACAAUGUGACUGUCAUGGAGGUGGGGUUUGCCCUGCUCUCAGAGGAUACUUCUGAGCUUGUGCAGGACUGCUCCCUCCUGUGGUCUCCUUGGGCUGGGGAUCUGAUGGGGGGACCCUGGCCCUUUCUUGAGAUUAUACACAGAGUUGCUCACUCAUUGAAUCUUAACUCUAGUAUCUUCAUAGGUUUUUCCCUCUCUCUGAGCCAUGUACGAGUCGAGGGUUGGGAGCUGAAGGCUACAAUCUCCUUCACAUUCCAGUUUGCCCCAUCGGCCCCUCCGCAUGCACAGCGUUCCUGUACUCUCACCAUCCCUGCGACGGAAAGUGUUCCACACCCCCAUCCGGGGGAUUGAGAGAACUUCAAUUAGGACCUAACACUGUUUCCUUACUGAGAUACGAGGCCAUAGGACUCUGAAAGGCAGUGCGUAAACUGGCUGACUUUUCCCAAAGCAGAUACUGGCCAGGCAUGUCUUUCAGCCGCCCCAAAGCCAUCCUGAAGCCAUUCUAAAGCAUUCAAAUGGCAGUGCUAUCCAUUGGUAACAUCACACAUUGUUUUACGUAUGCCUGGGUAUUAUUUUUAUUUCCAGAACAGCCUUAAUCAUUCCACUUUGAUUUACAUCUAUACCUCAUCAACACCCUGGGGCUGGAGGUUUCUUGUUUCUUUUUGGUUUGGUUUCCUUUGUACUGAAUUCUCUUUCCUUUCUGCUUUGUGCUGAGUUAGCACCCAGGCUGUUGUCUGUAGAAGCAAUAGAGUCCAGAAGGCUAUAAAGAGCACAAGGUCAGGAGAGCGCUGCCGCUGCCAUUCUCCUUCUUAUUACUGUGCAAUUCAAGUCCUUCUUAAGCCAUUGCCGGUGGGCAUGCUCAGAAAGAUGGAGGAGCUACUCACAACAAAAUGUUUAACCUGCCAGGAUGAAGUUCCUUGGACCAUAACCCAGGAGAGCAGAAGGAAACCAAAUGGAAAGUUUGUUUCACCGUAGAAAAAUCAGCAAGUGUACAAAUGUUCUGGUUUUCAUUUGUUUGUGUUGUCAGUUUCCUGCCAGUCUCUCAUUCAUGCUGAGCAUGCUCAAAACAACAGUUGGUGUGAUCCAUUGGAGCUUCCAUCCACCUUGGGUAACCGCGAGUGAGUCUCAUGUCUAAUGUUCUAUGCAAUGAAAUACAAAAUUGAAAAAAUCCUGUUGAUAAUUACCACGUUCAAUGUUCUGUAUAAGGAUUUAAUUGCAACUGUGCUAUUGAUACUGGAUAGUGAUCUUUAUAUCAAACACCCGUGCGUAUAACAUUUCAAUUAGUGGCAUGUUUGACCCAUCGAGGGACACUUUGCCAAAGGCCUGUGACCGUCCUGUAGUAGAGCAUGGCUUGCUACUUUUCUGCACGCUCUCAUUUACAUUUAACGCUUGCAGUUCUUUGCUUGGAGGAUUUUUUUCUCAUGGUUCAUCUUCGAUGUUGAAUGCUAGUAGCAGAUUUAUGCACUUGUUAUUGAUGGCACAGUCCCAAUGUGAAGCAGAACAUCCUGCAGCUGAUGCAUCUGAACUCUCUGCAGUGGCUACCAAGGUCCAAUACACAGCACCACCAGGGAUUCCCUGAGAUAGCCCUGGCCCAUCUCAGAAUAGGUAACCGGGCAAUGGGGGGCAAGACCAGUAGCCAGCUGGGCAGAGCAGCUGGAACAGCUCUGGAAAUUGGUUUUAGAAUUUCUGCACUGAAGCCUCCCUGCGCUGCCCUGCUUUGUGAGGCUGAGAGGUCUCAUAGUGGUGUCAGCUCUCAGUGCUGCUCCUUCCAGUGCAGUAUUACCAGUGACUGAAGAGCCCUGAACAACUACCCCAGGAAUCCAUGGAGAGAGAACUGAGCAUGGCCCAGUGAUAGUAAAGCGAAGCAGACUGCCCCGCAGUUGCAGUGCCCUCCCUGCCCAUAGCCACCUGGCUGAGCCCUGUGUUUGCACAAGCUAGAUGAAGCCUGUAAAGCCCUUUCAGGUGAGAGGGCAUUGCAAAGAGAUGGGGCCAGAGCCUUCUCUGUGCCCCUGGGCACUGUGAGCCUGUGGGGACUGGGCAGGACCCGGGGGUGCCCACCACAGCACUCACUCUGCAGUGUGCACCAGCUUGGCUGUGCCAGAUUGGUGAGUGAUUGGCCCAGCCAACACCCUCCUUCUUGGAUCCCAAAGCACCUCUGGUCAGGGAUCUUGGGCUCCACACUCUGCUUAGGGCUUGCUGCACUGUCCUCCCAUUCUCUCAGCCAGGGGUACCCGAACCUGCCCAAGCCAGGCUUAUGUCAGCAGCCUCCCCAAAGGCCAGCGUUAACUGGGACAGAAUGAAUCCACCCUCACCGUUAGUAGAGAGGUGCCACCGACAGAGACUUCAGGUCUCAGUAUGCAAUGCUCUGUGUUGGAGCUGGAAAUGGUUGCCACCAUGGGCCAUGUUGUCUUGAAGGAGGCACUUCAGCCAUCCUUGCAGAACAGCAGGUGCCAAGCGAUUCCAUGGAUGGUUCCAGGUGCAGAUGGUUGGAACAAGCACCAGUGUCUGCACUGUUCUGGGUCGGGUACCAUGGCCAGGUUGGGAUCCUAUGCACAUACCAAGACUCCCCUGAGGUAUGGCCGGAGCUGCUGCACUUUGACACUGGGUGACCUGCCAACCCAGGCUCUCUGUGCGGUGCAGAGACCUUCACAUCACAGAGGGGAGCCCUCCAGGGCUGUGACACCCGUGCUGCAGCUGGGAGGAACCCCAGGCUCUGCAGGCAGCUGCUGAGAUCCAAGCUGGAGGCCGUGGAAAGGAAUGGGACCCCCCAUUAUUGAUCCCCAUGGGACCCAGGAUGGUGCAGCUGAUACCCCAUGUCUGAGGUCAGGGAGCAUGGAGGGAUGUUGCAGACGCUGCAUGCUUCUGGGAUCAUGUGCAGGCUCAGAGUAGUGUUCUGCCUGGGCACGGCCUGGAGGUGGGUCUGCACUAGCUGUGGAUCUGUGCAGAUCACUGUGGCCUUGUCCACGGGGGGCUGGGAGGGGGAGCAUCUUGAGAGGUAGCACUGCAGAUGGCUGCUCAGUUCACUGCAGCCAACUGCUUGCAGCGCCAUAGUCAGUGACUGAGCCCCUGGGUGGUGUCUCGGCACAGAGGCCACAUCCUUGUGGCCAUGGAGGUUGAGUUCUCCUCUCGCUAUGCAGGGCAGAGCGUCACUAUCGCUGGGGGACUGUGAGUCAGUCCCUCCCCAGCUGUGCCAGGAGCACAUCCUCUCCCACCUCCUGCUUAGGUGCUGCAGCUCAGAGAAGAGGUAAAACCAGGCCCCUGGCCAGGGUGUGCCAGAGUGAGUGGGGACAGAGCCCUUUGCCUGGCCAGGCUGUCGGAGAGUGCAGAGCAGCAGCCCCCAGGUCAGAGCUUGGCAGGGUCAGCCUGGCCAACGUGGCGCUGCCAACAAGUGUGCGGUCACUGCAGACAUGGCCACACUGCAGUUGGCAGGCAAGCAGCUAAUCACGGACCCAGCAGAGCUGCUGGGCACUACGCCUGCUGAUCUGCACUGGCCACACUUGUGGGCAGCAUGGUGCCAGCCCCGCAGGUGAUGCAGAACAGAGAAACCUGACUCCCUUAACAUCCCGCUUGGCUGGGGCAUUGCCAGGGGCUUCCUUGGGGUACUGGUUUGAGUAUAAGAGUGAGCUAGUCCUGAACACAGAGCCUCGCGCUUGGGCUCCUGCUGCUCGGCACCUUCAAAGGGGACAGGCAUGGCUGUUCUUGCCCCAGGCAGCAGGAUGUUCUAGGGCCCGCCAGGAUGUUUCCCCCCAUGACAAGUGCAUAGUCUGCAGAUGCUUCUCCAGGGCUCUAAGCUGGACUCCUGCACUCCGCUGGUUUGCUCAGCAGUGGCUGCACCAGCCCCCUUCAUUCCUGCCAUGUAAAUAGUUGUACAGUGUGGAAUUUCCAGUGGUACCGAGAACAAAACCCAGCGAGGCCACGGAGCACUUCUCACUGCCCAGCACACUUGCCACACAUCUGUAGUGGGCUCACUGGGCUGACUGCUCUUGCCAUCCCCUCCCCGCGCUCACAUCCCCGGGGGCUUUCCUUUGCAUUGGCUUUUGGAGGGGGGGAGAGGGUGCUGUACAAAGCUCAAACAAAAGAGCAAAUUGCCAGUUGUAAGUGCAAUGACCUUGUGAAUGGUGUGUAGUCCUGCUGUGCUCUGUGAGAACGUGUAUUUCAGUGUGCCACCUCCUGUAUUGUGACUCCCUCCAAGACAUUGCCCCUACAAGGUAUUUCUGUGAGAACAGAAUAAAAGGACUUGAUAGAAAUCAGAGGGUGCCAUGACUUGAUCUGUAUCGAGCGAGACUACACAGCAAAGUGGGGCUGGAGUGCACUGAGGAGAGCCAGGCAGCCCAGAAGGUGACAGGCACUAGCAGCUGCUGCUGGAUUGAGCUGAAUGGGCAUGUCCAGCAGCACUGGGGUCCCUGGUGAGCAAGUCUGGGUUCAGUCAGGUUUGGUGGGACAAUGGCUUUUCCUCCUACCAUAGCUGUGUUCAUUGUGGGACAGGUG